UUUUAGAUCAGAUACGCAAAUCAACAGGAAGAUCUUUAGAUGUAGGCAUUAGCUGACUUUUAAAUGCAUAUAAAGGUAAAUAAUUUCAAUUUGCAGUAAUUUUAAAAGUACAUAACCAAUCAUGUUCGUGUUUUGUGGGAAUUUCUGAAAACGCACAUGACAAAAAUACCACGUCAGGCACGUGAUACCGUAAUCACAACAGAAAACACUUUCUGACUGACCUGAGAAAGAUGAAGGUGCUAGCCCUGAUCCUGGCAUAUUGUGUGGGGAUAGCAGUGUCCAUCCCCAGAGACGUAGUGUUCCCACCCCUAGAGGAAGGCGGGAAGAACUGGGCACUACUGGUGGCAGGUUCAAAUGGCUGGGGGAAUUACAGACAUCAGUCUGAUGUUUGUCAUGCAUACCAAAUCCUGAAAAAUCAUGGAAUUCCUGAUGAACAAAUUGUUGUCAUGAUGGUAGACGACAUAGCAGAUAAUAAAGAAAACCCUACCCCUGGUAAGAUUAUAAACAGACCCGAUGGAGAUGACGUCUAUCAUGGAGUCCCUAAAGACUACACGGGGUUGGAGGAAGUAGUUCCAGAUGUGUUCUUUAAGGUGCUACAAGGCCAGAAGGAUGAACUCCUAGCUAGUGGUAUUGGUUCUGGAAAAGUUAUUGAUAGUGGCCCAAAGGACAAUGUCUUUGUUAACUUUGUAGACCACGGUGGUCCUGGUAUUAUUGCAUUUGGACGCAAAUUUCUUCAUGCCAUGGACCUCAUAGAAACCUUGGAUAACAUGCAUAAAGAGAAAAAGUUUGCAAAGCUGCUGUUUUACUUAGAAGCCUGUGAAUCAGGCUCUAUGUUCCAGUAUCUACUGCCUAAAAAUAAAAACAUUCUGGCUGUGACAGCCUCUAAUGCCACUACCUCAUCCUAUGCCUGUUACUUUGAUAAGACAAGGAAGACCUUUCUGGGGGAUGUUUUUAGUGUUAAAUGGAUGGAAGACUCUGAUAAGGAAAAUCUAAACAAGGAGACAAUUGAAAAGCAGUUCAAGAUUGUCAAGAAGGAGACUAAUACCAGUACUGUCUGUCAGUAUGGAGACCUGAAAAUGGACUCUUUAAUGGUGGCAGAAUUUCAGGGAUCAGGCCAGUCCAAUCAAGUUGUUUUACCCAUUCCUGACCCAAAUGUUGGAGCAGUACCUUCAGAAGAUGUUGAUCUGCAUAUCAAUAUGAACUUGUUCAAACUGGCAACAACAACUGAAGAGAGAAAAUACUACUCCGAAAAAAUAGCCCAGGAAUCCAUAAGACGAGGAAAAGUUGCACCCCUUAUACAGAAGAUUGUUUCCAUAGCAACAAACAAUAACAACAAACAGGUUGAGAGGAUCCUGAAGGCGCGGAUGGGUUUGUUUAGGAAUGAGUGUUAUAAGGCAGUGGUAGAGCAUCUGGCUGACACCUGUCCCCAGCUAGAACUGAGAGAGCAAUUUGGAUAUGCUCUCAAACACCUGUAUGCCUUUGUGAACCUAUGUGAAGAGAGUGUGCCAACUGACACCAUUCUGGAAGCCAUCACAAAGGGAUGCAGUUUAGGUGAAUGUGUUUACAAGCGAUGGCUGUCCAAUACAAACUUUGGGAACCCUGCUAACUGGAACGCCGGUCGUCCGCCGUGUGGUAACGAUGUGGCGGUCAUACACGAAGAGAGUGCCGCAGUGUUCCUGCAAGUGAACACCACAGUUAAACAACUGGUGAUGCCUAUGAACGGCGAGGUAGUGUUCGGAUCAAAUGCUAUUUUAGGAUUUAGUGAGCAGCCAGAUCACAGCGCCAGCUGUACGCCCUAUAGUUCCGAUGUUGAGUUUAAUGUUACAUACCCCAGAGACUGGUUAGAUUCAAACAACUGGUGUGAAACAGACUCAGAAACGGGUAACUGUAAAACAACCCCUCGACUGGAUUCCGAAAAAGUGCCAUGCAUGAAUGAUGAUGUUGUUUUUCCGUCUGGAAACUCUUUCUACGUUAAUGUGGAGACAGGACUAGAUAUCAAAAUUAACACUCUAAAAAUCACAGGAAAGGCAUACACAACGACAACUUUUCAAUCUUUUUUGUCCACAAACCAAGGAAAAGGGAUGUUUCCACCGCCCCCAAACAACGCCCAGAGAUCGACCGUCACUAUUCAGAGGCGCCCAUGUACGGACCCCACAGGCUGUCUCUGCGGAAACAAUCAGGAAGAGAUGCUGAAUCGUAUUUGUGCAAUACAACAAAAGAGAUGCUCCAAAGCUCAAUGCCGAACGCCAUUGCGGCCACUAGGACAUUGUUGCGACAUGUGUGGUGGAGUUGCCGUCAUGAAAUACGGAACUGGCUUCCGGUUCACUACUCUAGUAAAUGGUAUUCACAGAAACGUUAUUGACAGAAAGUCCGAGUAUAAAGACAUUACAAUCAUCACUUUCAAAGUUUAUGAAGGCGGUGUUCAAAUGGUUUUAAUGGAUGAUGACGGCGUGAAAGCAUCUCAGCUAGCACAAGAAAUCAACACGGAGAUACAGAAUGAUAUAAAUGCAGGAGGUUUUAAAUACAGCAUAAUGAGCGUCAUAACGGAUACUUCAUCUGGCGGUCAUUCAACUUUUCAAAUAUAUUCAUCAUUUUCAGCGGAACCGAUGCCAAAGGGAGAAAUAGCCGGUUUGGUAGUGGGCGGGGCAGUGAUACUGGUGGUCGUUGCUCUCGCAGUCAUUUUAAUCUAUAGACGGAAAAAGAGUUUUAAAAAACCUAAUUUUCGAAAGCCUCGUGUUGAAGUUCCGCCUUCCUUUGGCUUCCGGUUUGGUGGACCGGAAAACGUGGGACCAUCUCAGGGCUUUGACAACCCUAUGUAUGGAAAUAAUCCACUUGAGAACGAGAAGCCAAUAGACCUGGAAAUGAUGCCGAGUUCCGUGCCUCUGGAACAAGAGGAACAGCCUACGUUCGAUUCCUCCCGGGGAUUUGACAACCCACUGUAUGACACCGGGCCUCUAAAUGAGUCAAUGUUCACGGAUCCAUCCGUGGUGGAAAAAAGCUCAACAGACAAGGAAUCCACACCCACAAGUUUUGUCAAUCCUAUUGCCAUGAUGGAGGAAAAAACAGAGAAAUGACACAA